AUGGCUUCCAAUGAAACAUUAGGAGGCUCAAUAGCAGAUGCUUCAUCGCCAGAUACUGCUCUGCUGGAGGCUCUCGUACCUGGUUAUCGGAUUAUCUCCCACUUCUUCAUGUCAUACCUCAAGAUUGACAUCAACGGCUAUCUUCAAAUUUUAAUCGGGUUUGCCCUACUCGUAGGGUGCAUAAAAUAUCUGCAUCCCACCGCCAUGGAAAAUAUCAGUGAUCUCAUCAUCUCAACGGCUGAAAUCCGCAUGGAGGACGAGGUGUUCAACUACAUGAUGUACUGGAUCUCCCGCCAAUCGCAUAUGAAGCGCACGAGCCGAUUUCUCGCUAGCCUCAAGUUCAAGCACGACCCCUGGGCCGAUUCAGACGAAAGUGAUUUUGAGGACGAAGACAGUGACGAUGAAUCCUGGGACGGGUCAAAAAGCAGAAACAACACUACCACCACCACCACCACGACGUUUGACGAUUACUGGGCCAAAAUGAUGAAUCGAGACAAGUACAAGUCCAUCAAUUUCACACCAUCCGAAGGAUCUCACUAUUUCCGCUAUCGGGGCCAUCUCAUAAAGCUACGCCGUACAGAGGAACAGAACAGACCUCGCAAUUUUGGCAGAAAUGAGCGACUGUGGUUAUCCUGUUUAGGAAAGAACCCCGAAAUACUUAGGCAGCUGUUGCUAGAAGCUCAAAAGGCCUAUAUUGAGCGUGAUGGAAAUCGCACUUUGAUCUACCGCGCAAAACGGGACUAUGAUCGGAGUUUUAGCUGGAUUCGAUGCAUGUCGCGAUCACCGCGUCCUAUGUCCUCUGUCAUUCUCAAUCAGGCACAGAAGCAAGAAUUUGUUGACGAUAUGCGAGAAUAUCUUCACCCGAAAACUCGCCGUUGGUACUUUGAUCGUGGAAUCCCGUACCGUCGUGGGUACCUGCUUCAUGGUCCUCCUGGAACGGGGAAGACGAGUCUAUGUUUCGCCGCGGCGGGAUUGUUGAGGUUAAAGCUGUACUUGCUGAAUCUGAAAACUAAUGGGCUGGAUGAAGAGUCUAUGUCCUCACUAUUUGCCAGCUUGCCCCGGCGUUGCAUCGUGUUGCUGGAAGACAUUGACACUGCGGGAAUUACUAAAACUCGGGGAAAAACUGUUACCCCUGGGGAUAAUCCUGCUAUUCCUGCUCCUAAUACAGAAAUUUCGACUGAGGGCGACUUUGACGAGUCUUCAAAAGACACCAUCACUUUGUCUGGACUGCUGAAUGUGAUUGAUGGGGUAGCUGCUAGUGAAGGUCGGAUUCUCGUCAUGACGACCAAUCACCCCGAUAAAUUGGAUCCGGCUCUUCUCCGUCCGGGUCGGGUGGACAUGUCCAUCAGCUUCGGGUACAUGUCAGACAAUGACAUCAAGGAGCUCUUUGCAUCGAUGUACAGGUUUAUCGGAAAUGGCCCACGACAAGCCAAUGGACCGGUCAAGGAGAAGGUAGAAAAUGAUGAAGAUAGCACAAGAGAACAGGAAAAGCGAGAUGUCUCACUCGAUGCUCGGAUUUCUAAUCUCUGUGUCUCAUUUGCUCAGGCUAUACCAACCGGCGAGCUUACUGCUGCGGAAAUUCAAGGCUACCUGCUAAAUCAUAAGGAUAAACCUGAAGCCGCUGUUGCGGGGGUGGCGCAGUGGGUUGAGGAGAUGCGGAAGAACAGGGAAACUUGA